ACUAGGAAAUGUGUUAGUUUAUCUGUUGUAAGGGUUGCAGUGUUUAGGUGCUAUAGUCAAGGAUUUUCAGGAACUAAAAUAAUUUUCGCUUCCAUAGAUGGUUUCGUCCUGUGAAAAUAUCGCUGACAAGUACCCUCAAUCACAGAAACUGGGGAUGAGUUCGUAUUUACCUAUGCGCCCCACUGCUUCUACUAGACCAGGCGAUGACAUCCAUUCGACAUCAACAGAAAAUUCAACAUAUAUGGAUCAUUUUCUAAAUAUUCCUGAAAUAUGUCCCUCAUCAACAGACUAUCGGUCUCCCCGAUAUUAUAUGGGGUCCUACCAGGCAGAAGCAUGUCGCAUGGAGGCACUUCAGCAACACAGAAGUCACGACCUAAGGAUGGGUUUGCAGGCGGGACGAUCAUCAUUCUACCCGAAUAUGAGUGUUCCCAGUAAUUUACGCUUCAGAGACAAUUCCGCCGAUGGAUUAACAACGAACGGUACUAACAACAAAGCUGAACCUCUAAGUCCCUGUUCCACCGGCACCCCAGCCACCCCGAGCGAAGGAGAAACACCGCCAUCAUUCUACCCGUGGAUGUCUAUAGUAGGACCUAAUUCAAAUCAGCGACGGAGAGGGCGACAGACGUAUACAAGGUUCCAGACCCUAGAACUGGAGAAAGAAUUUAAAUUCAACCGUUACCUCACACGGCGGAGACGUAUUGAGCUUUCUCAUAUGUUGUGUCUAACGGAGCGACAGAUAAAAAUAUGGUUUCAAAAUAGGAGAAUGAAAGAAAAGAAAGAAGUUCUAGCUAUUAAGGAACUAAACGAACAGAGUAAAAUAUCAGAAAAGGGAUCAAGAACUGUACCGACCAGUCCACCUUCUCCAGCUGAAUCGUCAAGCUGAAAGUCAGUUUGUGAAACGGAACCUACCUCCAAAGCAAAACGAUUGUACGGAGCAUAGCUCCCCCAUAUGCUUCUCCGACAAGAUACAAAUGAGUGUUCUCCCGCCCAACCGGUGGUUCAAAGGGAAAAAACAGUUCCGAGGAAGCGCAUGCUCUCUACUGCCAUUGGGGUCAGAGUUGGAUUUGACUCAAUAGUGCCCUGUUCAAAACGAGAAUCUUCACCAAUAACGAGAAACCUUAAUACUUAUAUGAUGAGAUGUUGACUUUAUUUACUUGGAAAGAUUAGCGAUGACAUGACAAAUGUAGUAUGAUGUGGAUGUGUAUGAAAUAUUGAGGUUGAUUCUAACUUGGUUGUUGAACAGCUCGGACGAAAUGUUUGGAUUAUAGAGAAAGCUUAUCGAAUGAAAUGAUACUCUAUACAUCAAUUAGAAAGUCAUUUUAGAUACGGGAUGAACUGUAUAUCACUAGAACUUGUAGUUCCUUGUAUAGGGCUUUCAGUGGCAAGCUACACAUCCUGUCAGGAAGUCUGGCUAUCUCAACGAACCCUGACCAAACGAGAAAUAGGCACCUAUCAUCGAUAGGUUCACAUAACCAUUGCACACCAAUGUUGGUGCAUUCUAAAUAUAGCGAUGCUAGCUAUUCCCUAACUCAUUAAAACUCAUAUAAGUGUUAUGCAAAUAUAUCGAAUGGUCAUUGUAGGUGGCAUUAUAAAACAGUUACCUUAACUCAUACGAUUCAUAUAGGGAGAGGUCCAUGGUAUAAUUUGAAAUCCACAUAAUUGUUAUAUUAUUUGAAUCCAUUCAUUUAAUCUUAUUAUCUCAACAUUUCAAUAAAUGGUUCUUUUAAACUUUAUUUUCUGAUAUUCUAGAUGACCUGUUCCAGGUGUCCUACUUUUAACUAAUUUUCAUAAUGUAUUUUCUACCAAGGAAGUGUUCGAUCUAAGCUAAAGUUUUCUUCAUUCUGAUGUCGAAAACAUCUGAUUACUGUUCUGACCAGGACUAUCAGGGAUGGCAGAUAUAUCAUUUUUUUCCUAAAUACAUUUUUAUUACAAAUGUCAAAACUUGUUUUAAUAUGUUGCUUUAGCGUUAAGUAUAAUCGUUAUGUAUCUCUGGUGUCACCCAUUCCUAUUUUCCCACAAUUUUGUCAUAUGUACCUUAUCCCUAAAAAACGAGCGAUUCCUUAAUUUAAGGAUUUUUAUAUUUGAUUUAUUGUUUAUUUACAUCGAUAUUAAUGUUACGACUACAUACUUUUAUCUUCACGUUUCGCAUAUGUUACAUAUCAGAAUAACCGAUACCUCUUCAAGAAAAUAUAGAAGAUUUCGUACAGAAGUAUUAUCUGACAAAUCUUUAUCAAACAUACCAAUCAUGUGCCAUACCACUGGGAAAGUUAGUAAAAGUCAGGUUUUUGACAAUUUAACUUCCUACCACCGCCUAGAUAUUUGACAAGAGGUCUAAAACUGCCAGUCUAUUAAAAUAUGUUGGAAACUAUUAUUAUCUAACACUUAUCAUGCCUGUCAUCAUUUUUUUGAAAAUAAAUAAAUGGUGCAAACGUCGCCUAGACACCUCAAGUGUGAUGUAACUGCCAAAUUUACUUCGAAAUUAUAGCCUAAGGUGAUAACGUAAUUAUUCAGUCACCCGCUAAUUGUGUGUUUUAUAGGAUGUUCUUGUAUGCCAAAAGCAUGGAGCCAUAUUUGGUAUAAUAUAAAUACACGUUUUGAGCACUUAUAUCUUAUUUGUUCGAUUUUGUCUUAAAAAACUAUGAUAUCAAUAGUCAAUUUAACCUUUCGUAAUAUUUUUUGUACAUUAUAUAUUAUAAAGAUAGUUCUCUUUCUCUUGUAUAUAUAUGUAUGCAUAUUGGUAACAUCUCCGAUACGACCAGACAUGAACGAUAACUUUGUUGUUCUAAAAUUGAUCUACAAAAAGUGGGAUAACACAUUUUCAUUAAUAACUUGUAUAUAAGAUUAGCAUUUCAAACAUAGAAAAACAUAUGUAUUCAUGGUAAAUGGUUGUCCAGAUGUUCUAUCCUCAGAGUGAACAAUCAAACAUUUUGGUUGUGCCCUUUCUUGUAAAUGACAUAGUGUAAUAGUUCAAUCAACAUAGACCAACCGGAAAAUAAUGUAAUGAUUAAACGAUUUGGAGUUACAAAGAGCAGCAAUUUCACCAACGAUAUGUCAAUUAUACUUUCUUUAACGCACAAUUUGUACAUUUUAUUUUUAAUAACAUUUAGGUAAUUAAGGUAAUCAGAAAAACAGGUUAAUCUUCGUGGAACAAAAGUUAUUAUAAGGGUAUAAAACGAAAGUUGUAUUUAGUCAAUAUACUAUUGUGUCAAAUGUAAUUUAUCUAUAUACACCUAUGUUAUCAUAUGACAAAAUUGUGGGAUUAAUAUACCAUUUUUCAAUGUCCAUGUUUUGUUUAAUGUCGCCGUGUAUUAUCGAACUAUACAUGUAUAUAUUUAAUAUGCAUGUAGGUCCACGUUUAAACGAGAAAUCUUCUAAUUGAAUUUUCAUUGGAACAUUAUUUGUUAAAAUAUUUAUAUUACGAUUCAAUGGGUAAACAUAUAUUUAGCGCCCGGUUGGCCAAACUAUAUAACAUCUUUUAUAUUAUUUUCUAUAGAUCCUUUGUUUUAAAUAUGUAUGCCAAAUACUGAAAUGCAAGUAUUGCAUUUGGUUUAAAUCAGCAUGUGAGAGAGAAUUAAAAAGAUAUAUUUUCAUAGAAGGUAUAAGGUAGUUUAGAUUAAAAAGUGAUCUCUCAAGGUGUUACCUGCUUAAUUUUGUUCAGCUGGGCGCUAAAAUUUCUUUAUUGUAGUCUUGUAAGGGGUAAAUAUAUUUCUUUUUAUAUUUGUCAUAUUGGAUGUGUGUAUGUAUGUCGAUCAUUCUUUACAGGCAUAAAACUGAAAACGAGAAAAAUUGCAAUAAAUUCAAAUAUUGU